UUAAUCCGAAAGAACAUGAUAACGAACAGGAAGAUUGCAACGGUAAUUUAGAUUUCUUAGAUUAAUUUAACCGCCAUAUGACCGUCAAAAAUUGACUGUCAAAAGGGAAUCGAACCUGAUCCGAACUCGAUUCUUUGUGAAUGGUGUUUUCUGAGCAGCUCAAACUCCAAUCCAAAUGCCUGUAAAUGAAUAGGGUCACAGUCCCUAGUCUUUUGUUCGCCAUUGUAGUUUAAGAAUAUGUUAUACUCUGACAUGGUCAAAAUGGGUAAUUCAUGUGAUUCUGAGAAUGUAAAGAUUGUGGGUUCCGGCUCCUCGACGGAUCGCACCGGAAACAAUGGAGAUGAACAAAUUGAUAAGAAGGGACAAGAUCAUGAAGAAGAAGAUAAGGAUGAUACAGAAGAGAAAAAUGCUGAAGAAAAACAAGAAGAUGAACAAGAUCUAGGUCAGUGGGCACAAGUUGGCAAUGAAGAAGAUGAAGAAGAAGAAGAUGAAGAUGACGCAGAAGUUGAAGAAGAAGAUAAGGAUGAUACAGAAGAGGAAAAUUCAAAAGAAGAACAAGAUGUGGGUCAGUGGGUACAAGAUGAUGAUGAAGCAGAAGAUGAAGAAGACGAUGGUGAAGAAUACGAUGAUACGGAAGAGGAAAAUGCUGAAGAAAAAACAGAUGUGGGUCAGUGGGCACAGGAUGAUGACGAAGAUGAUGAUGAUGAUGCAGAGGAAGACGAUGACGGAAAGCAAGAAGAUUAUAUCAGUGGCAGCUCAUCUGAUGUUGGGAGUGGCGAUUCUUCGGCUACUGAGUCCCCAACAAAUCUAGACAUAAAUAGAGGAGAUGAUCAACAAGUAUAUGAAGAAGAUGAUGAUGUACAAGAUGAAAAAGAAAAAGAUGAUGCAGAAGAUGAUGAAGAGACAGAUACACAAACAGAAGAGGAUAAGCAAGAAACUGAUGGAAAUGAAGCUAAUCCUAGCAAUAGCGACGUAGACAUCACUGGCAGUUCAUCUGAUGAUAUUAUGAGAGAGAAUUAUUCGUUUUCUGACUUAAUAAAUGAAAUCCUAAGCAUUCCAGAUGAAGAGGAUGAGCAAGAAAAUGAUGGCAAUGAAGCUAACCCCAGCGAUAGCGACGUAGACAUCACUGGCAGUUCAUCUGAUGAUGUUGUGGGAGAGGAUUCUUUGUCUUCUGACAUGCCAAUAAAUGAAAGCCUAAGCAAUGGAGAUGAACAAGAAAGAGAUCAGCUAGGAGAAGAUCUAUGUCAAGAAGAAGAAGAUGCAGAAUAUGAUGGUGAAAAAGAAGAUGGCAAAGAUGGAAGAGGAAGAACAGAAAAUGAAGAUUCAGAAAAUGAGCAAGAAGAUGCGUUUGAUAGUAAAGAAGAUGAUGAUAAGGAAGGUAAGCAAGAAUAUGAUUAUACCACUGAUGAGGACGGAGGAAAUACAGGAAAAACAGAAAUGGAUACGGAAGAUGCUAUUGCAGAGGAAGGUGAGGAUGAUAAAGCAAGAGAGGCAGGAGUAGAAAAGGCUGAAUCAGAGAUAAAUUUAAAGAGGGCAAGAAGUUCAGAGGGAAAUCAAGACCUGAAUUAUACAUUGAACUCAAAAAGGCAGAGAACAUCUGAAGAAAAGGCUGACCAGACACAUUAUGGAGACCAAUAAAGACACAGAAGAUAAUGUUGAAGAGGAGGAUGAUAAUAUUGAUAAAAAUGGAGAUGAAGGAAUAAAUAAAAAGAAGCCCUCAAACUAAUUGCAGUUAUGGAUAUGUCCUUCAAAGAGAUUCUCAACAGAAAAUAACGCAGACCAUCAAGAUCAUUAUGGUGAUGGCGAUGAUCAGGAAGAUGAUCAGAAGGAAGGAUAUAAUAGGCACCCACGAGGAUGAAAAGAACCAGAGGAGAACGAAGACAAUGAUAUUUUUUAGAUAUAUUUAAGCUUAUGGAAUGUAAUAACUCUGACGAGCCAAAUUUAUUGAUUUUUAAAUGCAUGAAUAGCUUUAAUUGAAAAUUU